AUGGAGUCCCAUACACUUUAUGUUAACAAUUUGAACGAAAAGUUGAGAAAGGAGGAUCUCAGGACCUCACUUUAUCUGUUAUUCUCGACAUACGGUACUGUACUUGAUGUUGUUGCCCUAAAAACUCCUAAAAUGCGCGGUCAAGCACAUAUCGUUUUUCAUGAUCAAACUGCAGCUGCAAUUGCUAAAAAAACACUUACAAACUUCAUGUUUUUUGGAAAAGAAAUGCACAUAGAAUAUGCAAAGUCUCGAAGCCACGCGUUGGAACGCGUAUACGGGCACUCAAACAUAAACAGAGGAUUUAAAAGAGCUUUGGAGGGCCCUGAAGAAAACGAAGCACCAAAAAGACUCGCUGUUUAA